AUGGCGGAGCAAGAAGCAUCUCUGUCGCCCGCAAAACAAAGCGGCGUGGCGAUGGAGGACCAGGUCCCAGCACUAUGGGCAACCGUGCAUCCUCUCAAGUUUUACCUCGGCCGCUUCGCUGUCGCGACACUCUACGUCAUGACCUGUAUUUACCUGAUGUGUCUGUGCUCGGUGGCUUCUGACACGUUCUUCGAUCCCCGCACGCAAAAGAGUCUUCCAGAUCGCAUUCACGACCAAAUGCUCGACUCGAAGCCUCUGUUUUUCGCGACCCCUUUCGUCGUCGACGCCGUGACGGUCGCCAUCAUCUUUGUGACUAUCUUCAGACACGCCAUGUUUCUGAAGGUUCCGCUGAACCUCCUGGUCGGCACGCGCUUUCUGUUUCUCCUGGGCUCACUGUACCUCUGUCGCGGCGUCGCCAUCAUCAUCACCACCGUGCCGCCCUCGCGGCGAAACUGCGUACCGCCUUCAGUCACGUCCGUAGGUAGCUUUUUUUAUCUCGGAGUCCUCCAGAUGUUCUCCAUGCGAAACGAGUGCACCGGCAUGAUCAUUUCUGGACACUCCACCAUCACGUGCUGCUGCAUGGCCACGUGGCUGCUCUACGGCAACGCAAACCGCGAAGAUCGCGACUCCAAAGGCGUGCUGUUCUACGAGAUCCAUCGGGCCAUCGCGCGGCGCCUGAACCAGCUUAGAGGAUCCGCUCGAAGACUGACUGCGGGGUACACCACGACGCCGGUCAGCGACCUCGAGGAGGGUCCCGCGGGCGCGCCUCACGCAGAAAGCGGUGAUGAGCUGGCCUCCGUCUCGGGGAUUUUCCAGCAAGAGGAAGAUCGGCAGAAAACCGCGUGGGCGGCUGUGCUUCGCCUGAACAUCCUCCGCUCGCUGUGUCUCCUGGUGGGAAUCAUCAACCUCGGCCUCAUCGUCUGCUCCUUCAACCAUUACACGAUUGACGUGUUUAUGGCCGUGAACUUCACCUUCGGAGCCUGGUCGCUGUACCACUGCGUACUCUCCCUCAUCUGGGCCGAGAAAGAAGAGACCGACAAACGCCACAAAAUCGCGCUGUUGCGAGCAGAAGCUUCCACCGCCGGAACCACCGAAGCGGACGCGGACGCCGCGUCCGAGGCUUCGACGGUGGCCAGCGUGGAGGGCGGCUCGUUGAUUCCUGCCGCCUCUAGCAGCAAGAAGGGACCCGACGCCUUGCCCAGGGAGAAAAAGCCCGCAGUUUCCGCCAUCAAUUUCCCGCUCGUUCGGACCGGCGUUCGCGUCGUGCGGGCCAUUGAGGGACUCUAG